AAAUCUCAGAAUGCCACAUAGCCACUCCCACUACAAUAAUGAAAACGAAGGCACUCCUCAACUUCACUGACAUAUAGCAAUGUAAAGUACAGGUUUGUUUUGACAACCUCAGUAUCAACAACUAUAAAUAGCUGAAUCUCCCAAGCAGCAUCUAUCAACGAGUUCAAGCUCAUAGCCUUUUGAGAAACUAAUAUUGUGUUCACAUUAGAAGCUCCCUUCUUGUCGUUGUUCCUUACAUUAACAUUCAAAUAAUGGCUGCAUUCAAGUCUCUAACACUGGUUGCUUUGCUUGUUGCUAUAUCUGUCAUUGUGUGUGAGAGUGGCCGAGUAGCCAGGAAGGACCUGGGUGUGGAUCUUGGUGGCGUUGGAGUUGGAGUUGGAGCAGGAGUAGGAUUGGGCUUAGGAGGUGGGAGUGGCUCAGGUGCUGGAGCUGGGUCUGGUUCUGGCUCUGGCUCUGGUUCUAGUUCUAGUUCUAGUUCAGGUUCUUCUUCUGCUUCAUCAGGUUCAGGUUCAGGCUCUGAAGCAGGUUCAUAUGCUGGGUCCUAUGCAGGGUCUCGAGCUGGUUCUGGAUCAGGUGGAAACGAAGGAAGAGGAGCAGGUUCCGGAUCAGGCCAAGGCCGCGGUUCGGGCUCUGGUUCUGGCAGAGGAAGCGGCUCAGGCUCUGGUGAAGGCUAUGGCGAAGGCUAUGGCUAUGGUGAGGGUCAUGGCCAAGGUGGUGGCGAUUGAGACAGCGCAUAAUACCAUAUGGUUGAGAUAAACCAGAAAAUGGUUUUCACUUUUCAGUUUGUAUCUAAAUAAAUGGAUGGUGAAUUUCAGUACUAUGUAUCUCUGUAUGAAGUUUAUAAAAAAUGUAUCUCUAUAUGA